UUUCUUUAUCGUUAAGUUGUUUUUGACCUUGCCAAUGGAUUUGACUAUUGUGCUACUUUACCUUUAGAUCAAUGCAGUUUAAUCGCACCCUUGGCCACGUACCUACCACACUUUCUCGUCUAAUUUAUCGAUCGUAUAGGUCCAAAAUUUCAGUGGGACUUCUCUGAACUUUGUGCGGUCGCUAUUUUGGAGAAAUGAAUCCUGCGUUCCGAGCACUUAGACGCCUUUACAGUCAACAAACAGCCUUAACGAUGUCACGUGCAGGACGGUUGUACAACAAAACGAAUUUGGCUGAGUCAUCAGAUGAGUUUCCAAAAAAUGAUUUUGUGAAGAUGAUGAUGUACCAUUAUCCAUUUAGUAUCAGAGACUCAAUACCCAGGCACGACAACGAAUUUACUGAGGUAAUUAAGCGGUUUGAUGAAUUCUGCUAUUACGCGGGGCCAGAAAGGGAACUCUACGUGGGUACAAUAGUGCUGGAUUGCUACCAAGUUAUCGCGUCGGCCGAGAAUCUGACGGUCAAAAAUUUGCGAUUGGCCAGUAUUUUAGCUUGGGUUUUUGAAAAUAUAACAACAGGUUUCAUAGUGGGCGAUGAUCUCCUGGACGGUCACGUGGUACGUUGGAAUAAACCAUGUUGGCACAAAACACUGCCCCCGAACCAAACCUCAUUCUUAGACAUCAAAAAAAUCCAAACCGGCUCCAUGUUGCUGCUCCGCAAAUACUUCAGUGACCAUCCAACUUAUCCCCAACUUCUGAACCUACUUUGUGAGGUGCUGUACCACACUCAUAUGGGCCAAAUUAUAGAUUACAUUUCGGAAGUGUUUAAAAAGACGCGAGACCCCGAUUUACUCAAAAUGGGGCAUUACAAACCGUUGGUGUUUUACAAAACAGGCUUCGUGUUAUACGUCGCUGGCCCACUUGGCGCGAUGUACCAUGCCAAUUUUGACACGCAUCCAUAUUUCCGUUCAAAGCACAUUUUUGAGAAACUCCAUCUAUAGACAGGCCCAGAACGACAUGUGGGAUUGUUUCUGCGCCCCCAAGAACGCCGGGAAGCCUCCCUCCGAUGUCGUUAACGGUAGAACGACUUGGAUUUCCGGACGUUCCUCGAGCAUUACGGUCGCGACAACGUCGAAAGCCAACGCAUCGUGUUCGAGAUUUUUGACGAGUUGGACAUUGUGGGACAGUUCCGCAAGUUCAGGCGCGACUUGUUGAGGGAAUGCGACGAACACGCGUCGACGGUAGCGCAUCCGGCCGUAGCAAAAAUGAUCCACGUUCUUGUUGAGAAGUACGUCAAUGUUCACGAAGAUUACGAGCUGUGAGAACAAAUGUUAUUGUCACAAAGCUUUUAUUAACACAAGUCAAAGUAACUAAUAAUACACAGAAAUAGUUAACGUACCUGCAAAAGAGAACUUUUCCAUGUUCUUUCAUCAGCGUGUGUGCCCGACAGUCGUGUGAUAUUAAUUAGAAUUACGUGGCAAUUUUACUGAGCCAGAUCCGGUCGUCACUAGUGUUUCGUUUACGCUGGGACAAUGGGAAAUCGGUUAAUUAUGGGUUUCUAAUUGGUUGAAAGGAAUGAAUGUUAUUAGUGGAACAGAUUCUAAUGAUCGAUGGGCGUAGUUAAAAAAAAUUAAGAUGGUGGGAACCCAAGCAAACCUUCAACGAGAUAACAUUCGGUCGGGGAUUAUCUUAUUACUCAAAUCCGAUACGUUACCUAUAGUUCAUUGUAAGCGUUUACAUGUUAUUUAUAUCACAGAUAUUACUCCCUAAACCUUACGUUAAUUAUGCAGGAAAGCUGAUGCCUCAACCUUGCCUUGCUUGUUUGAUUAGGUUGCGAUUCACUUUCCAGUAACCUACAUAUUUCCGGAUAAGUUUGCAUUUCCUGGUUAUUCCUGAGAAUAUUCCUUCCUUAAUUUGUUCUAAAUGAACAUCUUGAGCCGCCAGAGGGAAAUCAGUUCAUUUUUGGAGUGAUCGUUCGGUUGCUAUUUCUAAUUUCUUAGCUUUCUAAUUUCUUAGCUUCUCUUUUCAGUGGCAUGCUUAAGGUAUAGGGAGUUGUCUAUAUUCCGCGUUGUUGUUUCUUGGUACCCUUUAUCGCAUUUGUCAUCUUCCUGCGAUAGGAUUGCGACUUGGGGACUUCUUCAAUUCCUCAGAAUGUUGUCAGCGCGGACUCGUUCGUGAUAGGCACAGGGUUCUGAAUGGGCACUCCAUACAACCUUUAACUCUGGUCGUAACGGCCUUUUGAGCUCAGAAAGGCGCUUCUCUGCCUUAUCUGUACCAGUCAACAACACAAACAAACAAACAAGAGGGAUAGUGAGUGGCGCGGCAUAUAAAUAAUUUACGUUAAUUGAGCCUUUGAAAGCCAGAGAAAAUAUCGAUUUUUGUUAUUGGUGUGAUUGUAGGGCCUUUUGUGUGAGAUAGACCACUCUGCCUUUCAACUUUUUUAAGUUUAAUUAUAUGACAACUUACUACUCUAAUAUAAUUAUGCAAUAAAAGGGUAGUUUUUAUGCUCAAAAUUUUAUUUAUUCAAAACGUUUGAACAUACACCCUUUAGUCACAACUCCUCGAUCUCCAAAUACGGCUCUAAUAGACCAAUAUCUUCUGUAUCAUCCACAGAUCUUACAUUUUGAAAGUAUUCUUGAUGGAUUGGUGGAAUGAAUUGAAACAGUUCUUCCAUGUUCUUCUUUUUUUCGGCCGAAAUGGGAAGUGCAGAUUCAUGAAGAAUAGGUAACUCUAUGUUCUUACAAUCAGCCACUCGGCCUUUCUUUUUUGGAAGUAAAUCUAUUUUUUUAAAAGGUAGUAAGUCGUUUAAGCUUUCUUUGUAAAAUAUUUCAUACGGGCAGUCCUUUCGAAAUUGAAGCCAUUGCAUUUUCAACCACGCAACUGGUUCUCCAUCUGUAUUAGUUUUCCUUCGUGUAGUUGCUUUCUCCAACAGAUCGCAGGAAUAAAAAUCUGUUCUUACCAUUUUAUGUAAUUUAAAUGGAUUUUUGUGUUUGCAUUUUUGGAUUAUUGCAAACCAAUCUUCAGGAACAUACUUGAUUCGAUUUUUCGCAUAUUGCUCUAUAAGGCCAAAAUCCCUAUCAUUAGGCAAAAAUGAAUGCCCUGAUACCAUAAAUUUAUGGUCUAUUUUCUUAAUAUUAGUUUCAUUACCAGCAAGCAUUUUUAGCCAAAAUAAGCAUUGCUUUAGAUUCCGGUUUUGCCCCCCGCAAGCAUCACUAUAGGCAAUGACAUGUUCCGCGUUCUUUGCAUAGUUGAGGAUAUGUUUUCGAAUACACGAACCUAUUUCUUGAGCUCCUCGAGAAGAGAUAGUCUCGUCCCACGCGUACAUAAAACCACUUUCGUCUUCUGUCAGCUCAUGUAUGCCCAAAUUAUAGACAUACAUGUUUCUUUUAUAGUAAGCAAUUGAACACGUUAAAGUGGGAAAUGGAAGAGCUUUUUCCAAAUCAAAGGUAAAUGCAUAUGUUCGAGAUUUAUUUAAAAUGCAUACCGCUUUGUCAGAUUUGAGGGAUUCCCUGGCUUUUUCUGCUUUUCGUAAGUGCAAUUCGUGUUGAGUAUUAAGUUGUUGUCUUUCAUUGUCAUCAGUUGUUACAUUAAGUUUGGCUUUGAAAGUGUCACAUUUAACACAAGUGUCUUUCAGGGGAACGUGAAAAUGGAGAUUGAAGUCGCGAUGAAAAAUUUUGCGGUACAUGGCUUCCGAAACGGCAACAUUAUUCUUUUCAGUACACUUUUCCUUGUAGAGAUUGUACAUUAAGCGUAUGUUUAAACAAUUGUCUAAAUAUUUCCUGUUCGGAUUAUUGAUAUGCUGGAAAGCUAGAGAUGUGACUGCGUACGUCUUCAACAUGUUCUUCCGCGCUUGAUAGCCCGUGAUAAACGGCCAUUUGAUAUUUUGUAUGUGUCCAGGAAGAAUUGCUUACAUACUGUAACGUUAUUUAUAUAAAUUCGGGUUCGAUUUAUAUCAAUAUUUAUUAAUCAAAACUACAACACUAUAAAA